AUGUCGGCAUCCACAAGAGCCCCACUUCACACGGUUCCCGAAUCUGUCACCGUUGGGCAUAGUUCAACAAGGACAAAAGAGGGCACUGAUGAAAAUAGUUCAACAAUUCCAGCAUCCUCGUCAACGACACGGUUACAGUCGACCAGGACACGAGCCAAUGAUGAGCCCCACAUUGGAAAGUAUCGUCUCAUUAAGACAAUCGGCAAGGGAAAUUUUGCCAAGGUCAAGCUGGCCAAGCAUGUGCCUACAGGGAGAGAAGUGGCUAUCAAAAUUAUUGACAAGACACAGUUGAAUCCCUCAAGUUUGCAGAAGCUUUUCCGUGAAGUCCGAAUAAUGAAGUUGUUAGACCAUCCAAACAUUGUGAAGUUAUUUGAAGUCAUAGAAACAGAGAAAACACUCUACCUUGUCAUGGAGUAUGCAAGUGGAGGUGAAGUGUUUGAUUAUUUGGUUGCUCAUGGUCGCAUGAAGGAGAAGGAAGCCAGGGCAAAGUUCAGGCAGAUUGUUUCUUCAGUGCAAUACUGCCAUCAGAAGUUCAUUGUACAUAGAGAUUUAAAGGCUGAAAAUCUACUUUUAGAUAGUGAUAUGAACAUAAAAAUAGCAGAUUAUGGUUUUAGCAACGAGUUUGUCCCCGGCAACAAAUUGGAUACCUUUUGUGGCAGUCCUCCUUACGCAGCACCAGAGCUUUUUCAGGGAAAGAAAUAUGAUGGACCAGAGGUGGACGUGUGGAGUUUAGGUGUGAUAUUGUAUACACUGGUCAGUGGGUCACUUCCGUUUGACGGCCAGAAUCUCAAAGAGUUGCGAGAGCGAGUUUUACGAGGCAAAUACAGAAUACCUUUCUACAUGUCUACCGAUUGUGAAAAUUUAUUAAAGAAGUUUCUUGUAUUAAAUCCAUUAAAACGAGCCAAUUUAGAGACCAUAAUGAAGGACAAGUGGAUGAAUAUAGGUUAUGAAGAUGAUGAACUUAAGCCGUAUGUAGAGCCGACACCGGACAUUCACGAUCAGAUGAGGAUAGAACUGAUGACCAACAUGGGCUACAACCGGAAAGAUAUAGAAGAGUCCCUCAAGCUGCAGAAAUAUGAUGACAUCCACGCCUGCUAUCUCUUAUUGGGUAGGAGAACAACAGACAACACAAGAGUCUCGUCGCGGCCACAUGACAGCAACAGCGCGGGCCAGUCGCCUAACAAAGUGACCCGCAGCCAGUCGGCCACCAGCAGCUCAAGCAAUCAGAAACCACGCCGGUACAGCCAGGGAGGGGAGAAUGGUGGCAAUGGUCCUAGCAGUGUCAAUCCGUCUCCGGCGCAGUCCACCUCUGCUAGAAGAGCAAAUGUUGAAGCUGCAGUCACCAAACAGAGUACACUGGAAGAGAGGAUGGGCAAGACCUCUAUCAGUGGCGGCAGCACUCCUGCUGGUACCUCAGUAGUCUCAUCAGACUCUCCGAAGCAGCUAGCAGGCCAGAAUGUGCGCUCCAUGCCAUCAAGAAAAAGUUCUGGGUCAGCCUCAUCUGCAACAACUCCUAAAAACAGCAGUAUGAGUCACAGUCAGAGUGCUGGCAUUCCUCGGCGGAGCACUUUUAGUCCGGGGGAUGGCAAGCCUCAGAUCCCUGCCGACAAAACUCGGCCAACCAAUGGUCAAGACAUACGCAGUUCCAGUGCAACGCCCACAGAGCCUUCAAGUGGAGCAGGUGUGACCCCGACCUCGUCCACAAGGCCCAAAGGUCAUGCCAAGUCAGCCAGCAUGUCCCAAUCAGCCCGAGGACCAGAAUUACCAGCAUCCAUUUCAUCAGACACAGAACACAGACCAACGACUGUUCCCGGAAAAUCACCCACUAUUUCACCAGCAGCUGCCAAGCCCAACUUAACCAGAGGUACACAGGCAAGAAAUACAUUCCACGGCCGCGACGCUCGCAAGCAGCUAACCCAGCCCUACAACGGGCCCGGGGGAGUCUCUCAGCUUCCUGCAGACUCUUCAAACAUUGCCGGCCAACGACCUUCUUUCUUCAACCGCAUCACAUCCAAAUUCAGCCGAAGCCCUGGAAUGAG